GAAGUGGGGAAGUCCUCUGCACUCGAUCAGUUCGGGCACUUCACAGUGGAGGAUCCUCGCGACUUCUUCUCCAAGUUUUCCUGUGGAUCUCGUGGAUAGAGCUUUCCCUGGAUUUAUGUGGCCGCAGAUCUGAGCAGAUCGCGAGGUUUUCCACUAGCUGCGGUGGGUUUAUCGGGGAGGUCGUGAGUUUACCGCCGUGUCGCGGUGCUUGGCUCCGCUUUCCAGGAUCACUCGCGCGCCGAGAGAUGAUGGCCUCUUGUCCGGCGGCGGUCGGCCCGUGCCGCGCUGUCCUACUACUGCUACCACUCCUCAUCUCCCCCGUCCUAGCACAGGAAAACAACUUCUUACUGACUGAAGUGGAAAGAAGAGGAGAUGGAAACCAAGUAGAUGAAAUACCUACAGAUGAAGUGGAAUCUCCCACGGACACUAGAUUCAACAACACAGAACGAGUGACCUUGAGAAUAAAAGAAGUGGAUAUAGAAGAUCCGACUGUGAGAGACCUGCUGGAUCAGCUCGAUCUUGUUGGAUCCACGGAGUUGACCGAUCUACCUCAGACGGAAACACCCGAAGGCGAUCAUGAAAUCUUGGAAGCACCGUCUGUAGUCGAUUCAAAGCCAUUGGAAUCUCCAACAGAUGAAAAGGAACUACCCACAGAUUCUGAGAACACAGAACGGGAAGGCAAAGAGGAGUUCCCCACAGAAGUGCAUACCUUCGCUCGGGCAGAGGUGGCAACAGAAGAGCGUGACUUUACGGAGAAGCACGUGGACGUCCCGGUCAUCAUUUCGGAGGACGGCACAAUGACAGGAGGCCUGGAAAUCCCAACUGAUGAGAUUGAGUCACCAACAGAUGAGUUUCUGGAGAUGCCAACAGUUGAUCACGCAGUAUCUCAUCCUAGGGUAGCAACUGAAGUGAGGCUGUACCCAACUGCAGGAGAGCAUUCAGAAAUUCCAACAGAAGCACGAGAGAUGCCCACAGAGGAAGAGGAGCUGUUGCGAGUAACACCGAACAGGUUUGAGGGCCCAACCGAAGAAAACCUAGACCUCACCACAGAAGAGGAAGGCCAGCUCGAGACACCAACAGAAGAAGACGACAAGUUCCUGAUUGUUGUCACUCCAGAGAAGCCAACUGAACAAGAGUGGACGACAAAAGAGGCCACAACGACGAAACGUGAAACAGAACUACCCACCAGCGCUUUAGAAACCGUGACUCCCAACAAGGUGGACGAGGUCGAGAAACAACUGAACCAAACUGAAAUGGACCUCACGGGAAUCCCAGACAUUUCUGAUGAAGAAUUCUUGGAAGUUCCUGACACAGAGACAAACGAAAUCGACGAAAUUGACAUCACCGAGCCGAGUGACAACAGGGUUCCCUCCUCCCUGGAUUCUAUGGAGUUCUCUGAUGAACCUGACUUGUCAGAUACGCCGACUGUUAAUCACCUUACUCCCAUACGUGAUGCCCCUGACUCUUCAGAUGACGAGGACUACUUUAACGAAGGGGAGUCUGGAAGUGGAGAGAUCCCGCCUUGGGAGAUUCCGAAUCCAGAGGUUCCUGCUGGUCCAUAUCCCAUCCCGCCCACCUAUCGCCCAGAGCCUCCACAAGGCAUACAAUAUUACAGAGUGAAGAUCAACUUCACCAAAUCCAUCCAGUACAGCGAAGCUCUCGAGAGUUACAGAAACCCAGAACACCAGACACUCUCAAGUGCUAUACAGUAUGCCAUCGACAGGUUGUAUUAUGGAAUACCAGGAGAGCAGGAAGCCACUGUGGUGCAGUACAGUCGGGAACAGAGUCCAGGAUUGUUUGGAGAGUCUGUGUUUGUCACGCUCGACCUCGGCUCCCUUGGAAACGACAACGAGGUUCAACUCUUCAACAUCAUCAACAAUGCUGUGAACAGUGGCUACCUCGACUACUAUGCUGUUGAUUCCGAAGGAUUUGAAUUCUACCCUGUCAGAGCGGGACCAGGCGGAACACAACCUCCUCCUCCGGCGUGCGAAGACGAUGACUUCCGCUGCGACACGGGCGAGUGUAUCCCCCGGGGGCUGGUCUGCGACGGCAUCGCACACUGUCGGGAUGAGUCGGAUGAAUCCCGUUGUGGAGAAAUGACAAAAUGUCAGAUGUUAGUAGAGACCACAGAUCCCAUUCCUGGAGCUUACAUCCCACAAUGUGAGGAAGAUGGUUCCUUCAAAACAACCCAGUGUCACGGCUCCACCGGCUACUGUUACUGUGCUCACCCAACUGACGGCACGCUUUACGAGGAAACUGGCAGGCGAUCUUGGGAGGAGGGGGAAGAACACGACUGUAACAUAUACUGGCAAACUGCAGUAGUGAUUCCCCUGACUCCACCUCCACUGAUACCACCUCCCACCCCACCUCCUGUGAUCCCAGUGGUGCCAGUAGAAACUGGUCCUGAGGCCAGGCCAGGCUGUAGGGAUGACCAGUUCAGAUGUAAAGAGAGCGGACAGUGCAUUGAUGUCAUCUAUGUCUGUGAUGGUGACCCCGACUGCCGUGACUACUCUGAUGAGGCAGAGUGUGAGGACAGCAUCAUGCCCAGAUGUGAGCCUAAUGAGUUUGAAUGUGCCAACGGGAAGUGUGCACAGAAGAUCUGGACCUGCGAUGGCGACAACGACUGCGGGGAUAACAGUGAUGAGAGCAACUGUCCUAUUGCCACUGCUCCCCCUGGUUCCCAGUGUCGCGGUGAUGAGUUCACGUGUUUGUCGGGGGAUCAGUGCAUCCCUCAGUCCUAUCAGUGUGAUGAGGAGAUUGACUGCAGAGAUCGCUCAGACGAAAUUGGAUGCUCUUCCCCCAGUGUGCAGACCCCCCCAGCUGACCUGGUGCAGGCAGAGGAGGGGUCCACGGUGGUCCUGACAUGUGAGGCCGUGGGAAACCCCACCCCCAUCAUCUCCUGGAGACUGAACUGGGGCCACGUGGGUCAGCCUCCCAGGGUCACGCAGGAGUACUCAGGGGGGAGGGGAACGCUCACCAUCCGAGAUGUAAGGAAGUCUGACCAAGGAGCGUACACCUGUGAGGCUAUUAACAACAAGGGCAGUAUCUUUGCUGUACCAGACGCAGUGUUGGCUAUCAGAGAACCAGAGGGUGCCUGUAAUUCACCGGGCACGUUUAAUGCAGCUGCCGUCACGACGUCUGAGUGCCUGCAGUGUUUCUGCUUCGGUGUGUCCCAGAACUGCCGCAGCAGUGACUUCUACAGGUUCCAGUUGACCGUCCCAGAGAACAGUGGCCUGACGAUGGUGACCAGAGACAGGAGCCAGUCGGUGGAUCGGGCGUACAUCCGAGCCGUGCCUGCCCGUAACCAGUUCAUGGUGGAGGACAUGUCGUCUGUCCCAUCUGGGGUGUACUACUGGAGCCUACCUACCAACUUCCUAGGAAAUAUUAUUGCCAGCUAUGGAGGAAAGCUGAGGUACACUGUGUACUACUCAGUCGGCACUGGAGACUUUGCCAGGUUUAUUGAUGCAGAAGACAUCAUCCUUAUUGGAGGAGGAGCCAUCCUUACCUACAGACACUAUAACGAACCAGUCAACGAGCGGGAAGAAACUAUUGAGGUUGAACUCAGAGAGAGCCUAUGGACAUCAUCAGCCCUGUCAGCCAGCCUGUCCCGUGAAGACUUCAUGAUGAUCCUACAGAAUGUGGAGGCUAUCCUCAUCAAGGCUUCGUAUAACUCAUUCAUGGUCACCACAAGCAUCCAGGGCAUUGAGAUGGACACAGCUGUUGAAGAGAACACAGGACUGUCCCGUGCUGUAAUGGUGGAACAGUGCAGCUGUCCUGCUGGCUACACUGGGCUGUCCUGUGAGCGCUGUGACACCGGCUACAUCCGGCAGAACAGCGGGCGUUUCCUGGGCUCCUGUGUGCCUGUGGGCGGGUCUGGUGCCUGUAACUGUAACGGACACUCCUCAGACUGUGACCAGCUUACAGGGGAGUGCAGGAAUUGUCAGCACAACACAGAUGGACCCAACUGUGAACAGUGUAAGGCUGGUUACUAUGGCGACCCACUGAGCGGCUUCCCCAAUGCCUGUCAGCCCUGCCCAUGUCCUCUGUCCACUCCCUCCAACCAGGUUCAGGAAUGGCUGUUGUUUGAUUAUGAAAGCCUUUUUGAUGAGGACAACGAUAUCAUAUACUACACAAGAUUCUCGCCCACCUGUUUCCUGGACUCAGACGGCCAGCCUACCUGUGAUGCCUGCCCACCUGGCUAUACAGGCAGGAGGUGUGAAAGGUGUUCACCAGGGUACAUAGGAAACCCCACCAUUCCUGGAGACUAUUGCAAGAGAGAUAACGUGGUUGGGCCGAUCACUCCUGUUGUUGACCGCUGUGAUGCCAGAGGGAGCAUCUUGCCUGACCCUCUGGAUGGACAGUGCCAGUGCAGGGAGAAUGUGCAGGGACCUGAGUGUGACGUGUGCAAGCCCAACACCUUCCACCUGUCAGAUACCAACUCUGGCGGCUGCAUCAGCUGCUUCUGCAUGGGUGUCAGCCAGCAGUGCACCAGCACCUCCUGGGGACGCUUCCAGGUCCGAGCCAAAUUUGAGACAGCAUCCACCCAAGAUUUCCAGCUGAUGAACAAAGACCAGACGAGGAUCGUUGACCAGGGCCUGACGGUGAACCCCGUCACACGGAGUCUGGUGUACCGACAGUUCCCACAGCUCCCACAGGACAUCUACUAUUGGCUGCUGCCUGAAAGUUUCCUUGGCAACAAGAUGCUGACCUCCUAUGGAGGUGUCCUCAGGUACACCCUGAGCUACCAGCCGGCUCCAGGUGCAGCACCUGUGGUGGACUUUGACGCGCAGCUGUCAGGAAACUCCAUCCUGCUGACCUUCAGACACGAGCAGCAGGCUGUGGCCAACAUCCCCAGACCUUUCAUCAUCACCUUCCAGGAGCAAUACUGGAGAAGACUGGAUGGAGAGCCUGCCACCAGGGAACACAUGUUGAUGGCUCUGGCAAAUGUUGACGCUUUGAUGAUCCGAGCUACCUAUGCAACUGCCAUGAUGGAAUCAAGUAUAUCUGACGUGUCCUUGGACAUAGCGGAGGACAGAGCGACUGGUCAGGGCCCGGCACUGCACGUGGAGCAGUGUGUGUGUCCACCGGGAUAUGCUGGACUGUCCUGUGAGGAGUGUGCACCAGGGUAUGGCAGGAAUGGAGAGGGGUUGUACCUGGGCAUGUGUGUACCUGGGGGAGACAGUGGAACAGGUGGAACAGGCCCUGGAACAGGCCCUGGUGCAGAAUGCAACUGCAACAACCAUGCCUAUGGUUGUGAUGACAGUGGAAUGUGCCAGAAUUGUCAGCACAACACGGAGGGACCAAACUGCGACCGUUGUCGGCCUGGGUUCUACGGUGACCCCACCAGGGGUAACGCAGAUGACUGCCUGGAGUGUCCGUGCCCACUGUCCAUCCCAUCCAAUCAGUUCUCUCCCACCUGCUUCCUGGACAUUGAUAGACAGCCCACCUGUGAUGCCUGCCCACCUGGCUACACCGGCAGGAGGUGUGAAAGAUGUGACUCAGGAUACACAGGCAACCCCAGCAUCCCUGGGGACUCAUGCAGACCUGUGCAAGAGAAUAACUGUCAGUGUAAUGAUGCUGGCAGCUUCGCAGCUACCUGUGAUGUCAAUGGACAGUGUAACUGCAAGGAUGGGACGACCGGGCUGCGUUGUGACCAGUGCCGUCCUGGAUACUUUUUCCUGAACCCGCGGAACCCAGACGGCUGCAUGGAGUGCUUCUGCAUGGGAGUCACUGAUCAGUGCAGCAGCUCCCCCUACUUCAGGGAUCAGGUUGAGGCGACAUUCCUGCAGCAAGGGAACUUCCAGGACUUUGCACUGGUGAACAUGGCCAUGUCGCGCCGUGUGACCACAGGGUUCCGAGUCAACCCCUCCUCCCGCGACCUGCAGUACCAGGGCUUCAGUCAGCUGGACAGCGACCCAUACUUCUGGCAGCUGCCUGCCGCCUUCCGGGGCAACAAGGUGACAGCCUAUGGAGGAAGGCUGGUGUACAGUGUGUCACAUGUUCCCACCCCAACUGGCAGGCCAUUGGUGGGACUGGUUGAUGUGGAGCUCAUUGGUAAUGAGAUCAUGCUGAUGUACAGACACAACCAGCAGCUGACUCCCAGGGAGUCCAGGACUUUUGAAGUCAUCUUCAGGGAGGAGUACUGGCAGCGUGCUGACGGGGUCCCGGCUACGAGAGAACAGAUCCUGAUGGCGCUGGCAGAUGUGGAGAACAUCCUGAUCCGCGCCUCGUACAACAGCGAGAUGCAGCAGUCAUCCAUCCGGGACGUCAGCAUGGACGUCGCCGUGCCACAGAACACGGGCCAGCUGCUGGCAGUGGAGGUGGAGGAGUGCAGGUGUCCACCUGGAUACAUGGGACUGUCCUGUCAGGACUGUGCCCCAGGUUUCACCCGUAAUGGAGAGGGCCUGUACCUGGGCAUGUGUGCACCUUGUGACUGUAACGGCCAUGCCUCAACAUGUGACCCUGAGACAGGUGCCUGUCAGGGAUGUAGAGACAACACCAUCGGUGAAUACUGUGACCAAUGUGCUCCUGGUUUCUUUGGGGACCCGUCCAGUGGCAGGCCUGAUGCCUGUAGACCAUGCCCCUGCCCACUGCCAUCUGUCAAUAAUCAGUUCUCCCCCACCUGUUUCUUGGAUACAGACAGCCGCCCCACCUGCGAUGCCUGCCCACCUGGGUACUCAGGAAGGGACUGUGGAGAGUGUUCACCUGGCUACAAUGGUAAUCCCAGAGUUCCUGGUGGCAGGUGCACCCAAGCUGGAGUCGGCCCUGGACCCGGAGUUGGACCUGGAACUGGAGUCGGCCCCGGUCCAAGCCGUUAUCCCACAUACGGAAAUGUGCCUGAAAGGAUGACGGAUGAGGUUGGCCCAGGCCCAGGUCCUGGUCCAGUCGUCCCCCAGCAGCCCUCCAUCCAAAUCUACCCACAACAAGCCACCGAGACUGCCGGAAGGUCCGCACAGUUCCGCUGUGACGUGUCCGGCGCCCCGCCAUUCCAGAUCAGCUGGGGACGCAGUGACGGACGCCCCCUCCCGCCACGGUACAGACUGUCCAAUGAGAACUCGGUUCUGACCAUCAGUAACUUGGAGUCUGGCGACAGCGGAUACUUCAUCUGUCGAGGCUCAAACCUGUACGGGACGGCACAGGCUCAGGCUCAACUGACUGUUACAGCUCCAACUGUUCCUAUCAGAGUUAUUGUGGAUGAACCCAAGACCCUACAAGCCACUCAGGGCCAGACUGUGCAGUUCAAGUGUAUUGCCUUCAGCCAGGUCACAUACACCUUGGUGUGGACAAAGAACGACGGCAGUGGGCUGCCAGCGGAAGCCACAGACUUCAUGGGAAUUCUGACCAUUCCGAACGUCCAGCAACAACACACCGGCAUCUACACCUGCACUGGCUCCAACAUGUACAGUAUCGCACAAGACUCUGCACAGUUGCAAGUCCAAGCAUUGUCCCAGAGCGAUGUCAAUCCACCAGAGGUUCGCAUCGAGCCUCGAUUCCAGACCGUGAACAUCGGCGACCCCGUGCAGUUCCGCUGCGUCACGUCAGGUUUCCCCCCGCCAGAGGUGGAAUGGACGGGAGGUCACCGCGGCAUCCUCAACCCCACAUCAUCGUUUGUGAAUGGAGUCUUCAGCAUCCCAGCUGCCAUCAGACAGGAUGAAGCUGAGUACUUCUGCAAGGCCAGGAACUCUGUUGGGGAAACAAGUGUUCGCACAGUGCUGUAUGUAAGAUUGCAAGGGGCACCAGAAGUGUCUGUGAGGCCAGAAGUGAUGGAGGUACCUGAGGGAGAGCGUGUGAGGUUAGAGUGUUCUGCAAGGGGCAACCCAACUCCCACACUCUCCUGGAAUAAGUACAACGACCCCCUGCCUGUUGGAUCAGUGGAGAGCAACGGAGUGUUGACCAUUCCUCAGGCACGGUUGUCAGACUCUGGGCACUACGUCUGCACAGCAUCCAACAAUAUUGGAACUGAACAGAAGAGAUUGGAGCUGAGAAUCACAAGAUUGCUGCAGAGGCCCCCCACAGCUGCCAUUGAAACCGUGGGUCCAGGUGGACAGGUGUUACAGCCAAACCUCCUCACAGCUACGACAGGGCAGACAGUACAGCUGCGUUGUGUAGUGUCAGGUGAACCUGUGCCAACCAUCACCUGGGGCAAACAUGGAGGGGCACUGGGACAAAACCAUCAGGUACUGAAUGAUGUUCUGCGGAUUGUGAGGGUGUCCAGUAACGACCGUGGCAUGUAUGUCUGCACAGUGGACAACAUCGCCGGAGUGUCCUCGGCCUCCAUCAUGCUGGAAGUGGAAUCUCGAGACCUGCCAGCUGUUCAGAUCUUCCCCACUCCCAAUAUGGACCUGCAGAUUGGACAGUCCACCCAGCUGCAGUGUCAGGCCACCAGCGGCCGGCCAGCACCCACCAUCUCCUGGAGCAGGGCUGGUAAUGAGCAGUUCACAGAGAGAACAGAUGUAAGAGAUGGAGUCCUGACCAUCCGAGAUGUGACCCCUGCAGAACAGGGUGCCUAUGUCUGUACUGCUAACAACACUGUAGGGUCCAUCCAGGCUACAGCAAACAUCAGGGUACAAGGGUACCCACGGGUGACCAUCAGUCCAGCAGGACCGGUCAGUGUUGGGCUGGGUGAGCGGCUGUACCUGGAGUGUGUGGCCACAGGUGACCCCGCACCAGUGGUCAGGUGGACCAGGGAUGGACAACGCACUAGAGCCAGAGUAGAAGGAGGUGACACCCAGAACAGUGCUGUGUUGGAGAUUGACCGUGUGACUGUGGAAGAUUCAGGAGUCUACACCUGCGAGUCCAACAACAACAUCGGCAUCUCAGAGUCUUCUGUUCAAGUCAUAGUUUCUGAAUCACUAGUACGACCGGAUGAGAUUCCAGUGGUGACCAUCACUCCUCCGUUCUCUACUGUAGUGGAGGGAGACCCUGCAGAGUUCAAGUGCACUGCUACAGGUUCUCCACCCCCACGGCUGCGCUGGCAAAAGAUCGGAGGUUCCCAGCCUCCCAGGUACCAGGUGCAGCAGGGCACGCUGACCAUCCCCAGUGUGCGCAGGGAAGAUGAGGGAGAGUACUCCUGCACUGCUGUCAACUAUGCAGGGGAGGCUAGUCUGGCUGCAAGACUUGUCGUGCAAGUGAUUCCCAUGGUCAGUAUUGACCAGGAGACGAUGACAGUCUCCCCUGGAGAGGAGGUCAGACUGAGGUGUGAAGCGGAGGGCACAGAGCCGAUCAUGUACGAGUGGACACGCGUGGACGGGGACAUGAGCACGCGGGCGACUACGAGCGGAGGACUGCUGAUCAUCCAGCAGGUCACAACAGAGGACAUGGGACAGUACAGGUGUCUCAUCACCAACCCUGCUGGCAUAGCAGAAGGCUUCACCAAUAUCAUUGUCACAGCUCAACCAACGAUAAAGACGAUCUCCCCUAAGGAGUCGAUGCGAGAGGCUGGGUCCACGGCUGAGUUUGGCUGUGCAGCUGCAGGCUUCCCUGUCCCCAGGAUACAGUGGAGAAAGGAGGGAGAACCACUGCCUGAACAACACGUCAUCUUCGGCAAUGUUCUCAGAAUUCCAAAUCUUAAGCCAGAGGAUGCUGGGACAUAUGUCUGUGUGGCAUCCAACGAACUGGGAACCACUGAAGAGAAAGCCACCUUAAGUGUCGCUGGGGGAGAAGAGGCACCUCCUGCAGUAGAAAUCAAUCUGAAGACAGCCGUGCAGAUGGUGCGCAUAGGAGAACGGGUGGAGUUUGACUGUGCAGCAUCCGGGGAACCCAGGCCUCUGAUAGAGUGGACAAAGGUGGAUGGGAGACUACCCAGUAAUGCUGAGGUGCGAGACGGCAUCCUGACCAUCCCUGCUGUCAGGCCUGGAGACGAGGGGCGGUACAAGUGCAAGGCCUCCAACCGAUUUGGCGCAUCUGAGCAGGAAGUGACCCUCAGCCUGGAAGCUGCACCGACUAUGACAGUCAAACCAGAGGUGCGGAAUGUGAUGCUGGGUUCCACAGCUGUCUUCACCUGUCUGGCCAGUGGUUCCCCGCCACCUGACAUCACCUGGAGGAAGGAGAACGGUGACCUACCUGAUGACCACAUCAUCGAUAAUGGAGUCCUCACAAUUCCCUCUAUCACCAAGGAAGAUGCAGGUGCUUACAUCUGUUCAGCCACGAAUGAUGAAGGAACUGCAGAGUUCCGUGCUAUUCUUAAUGUUGGAGAGCUGAUCCCAUACUUUACCCAGACUCCCCUGUCCUACAUGACCUUCCCCACGCUUCGGGAGGCCUACCUGCAGUUUGACAUUGAAGUGUCCUUCAAGCCGGAAAGUACAGAAGGUCGAGUUAAAGUCAAGAAGGUCAGGUAG